UCGUUGCUAAACCCCAAAAAUGGCAAGAUUUAUGGGCCUCAAAAUGUCGAUGCUGGUGCUCUUUCUGUGUUUAGCGAGCUUGAAUCAUGGUCUGGUGGUGGCUCACAUUCAUGGAUUUGGGGAUCAACCACUUGCAAAAGUUGAUAUAUACAAGACCAUUCUUGCUCUGCACUCCUCAGCCUCCAUCACUGCCAAACCGCUCCUUCUUGGUUUGAAUGGUGAGGAUUUUGAAUGGGUAAAUGUGAACCUUGUGCACCCUGAACCAUCUGCAGAUGAUUGGGUUGGAGUUUUUUCUCCUGCAAAUUUCAACUCAUCAACUUGUCCUCCUGAAGACGACGACUAUAUCGAAGAACCAUAUAUAUGUUCAGCCCCUAUAAAGUAUAAGCACGCAAAUUUUUCCAAUCCGAAAUAUGUGAAAACGGGCAAAACUUCCUUGAAGUUUCGACUCAUAAAUCAGCGGGCAGAUUUCUCCUUUGCAUUAUUUUCAGGCGGGUUGUCGAAUCCCAAAUUAGUGGCAGUUUCAAAUUUCAUAUCGUUUGUGAAUCCGAAAGCACCUCUUUAUCCGCGCCUUGCUCAGGGGAAGUCAUGGGACGAAAUGACUGUCACUUGGACUAGCGGCUAUAACAUUGAUGAAGCAGUACCAUUUGUCGAAUGGGGAAUGAAGGGGGAAACUCCUAAGCGUUCACCUGCAGGAACAUUGACAUUUUCUCGGAACAGCAUGUGCGGCUCACCUGCACGGACAGUCGGCUGGCGUGAUCCUGGUUUCAUACACACAAGUUUCUUGAAGGAUCUGUGGCCCAACUUUGAGUACACAUACAGGAUGGGUCAUAUGUUGUCCAAUGGUUCGUAUGUCUGGAGCAAGAUUUAUUCUUUUAAAUCAUCCCCAUAUCCAGGGCAGGACUCGUUACAGCGUGUCAUUAUCUUCGGUGACAUGGGAAAGGCAGAGCGCGAUGGUUCAAACGAAUACGCUAAUUAUCAACCGGGUUCGCUGAACACCACUGACCAACUCAUAAAGGACUUGAGCAACAUUGACAUUGUUUUCCAUAUAGGAGACUUACCAUAUGCAAAUGGAUACAUCUCGCAGUGGGAUCAGUUCACCGCGCAGGUGGAGCCUAUUGCGUCGACUGUGCCUUACAUGAUUGCAAGCGGCAAUCAUGAACGCGACUGGCCAAAUUCGGGAUCUUUCUAUGACACUGAUGAUUCUGGAGGGGAGUGUGGUGUGCUAGCAGAAACUAUGUACUAUGUUCCUGCUGAGAACAGAGCCAACUUCUGGUAUGCAACUGACUAUGGGAUGUUCCACUUCUGUAUCGCGGACUCGGAGCAUGACUGGAGGGAGGGAACAGAACAGUAUAGGUUCAUUGAAAAAUGUCUUGCAUCUGCAGACAGGAAUAAGCAGCCAUGGUUGAUCUUCAUAGCUCAUCGUGUUCUCGGAUAUUCAUCUAACUACUGGUAUGGUCAAGAGGGUUCAUUUGAAGAGCCUAUGGGAAGGGAAAGCUUGCAGAAGCUUUGGCAGAAGUACAAGGUCGAUAUCGCAUUUUACGGACAUGUACACAACUAUGAAAGGACUUGUCCUGUUUAUCAGAGUCAAUGUGUGAAUGAAGAAAAACACCAUUAUUCUGGCACUGUGAAUGGAACAAUUCAUGUUGUCGCUGGCGGAGGAGGGAGCAACCUCAACACGUACAGUACUGUGGUUCCCAAUUGGAGCCUGUCCAGGGAUUCUGACUAUGGGUUUACUAAAUUGACAGCAUUUAACCAUUCUUCUCUCCUCUUCGAAUACAAGAAAAGCAGCGAUGGAAAGGUUUACGAUUCCUUCACCAUCUCGCGCGAUUACAGAGAUGUCUUGGCCUGUGUCCAUGAUGGCUGUCAGGCAACUACUUUAGCAUCCUAAGUUGAUAAUGCCAGAAAUAGCCUACUGAUGUGUACUAAAAAUAAGAACAUCAAGUUCAAUGUAAACUCGUUCCGUCGAAUAAAACUAAGGCGUGCCUCAGAAGAUGUAUUCACAAAAUUUCAUCAAA